AUGCUGAGUGAACCGGAGUGUCGAGUGCUAUCAUCCGCUUUUGACACAUUGGCAAAGGAUUUCGAUCCCAAAGAUGCAACAGUUUUUCUGGAAGGCUCUGGUCUAAUAACAACGGAUCUUGCCGAAAAAAUUGAAACCAGACCAACUCGGCUAGAAAGGUUAAGAGAAUUCUUACGGAUCUAUCGAAGAAGAGCCACGGACUGCGAGCUACUCAUAUCAUACUUCAAAUUCGCAGGUCAAGAAUAUAUUGCCAAUUUGUUGCAAACGGAUUUGGAGCAUGCUUUAGAUAGCAAUGAACGUUGCAGUAGCGUGCCUCGCUUUCCGCAUCAUCUCCGAUUACGCAAGUUGCUGGCAGGGCACGUACCUCGGGUGUGGCAACACGUAAAAAGAGAACACUUGCAAAAUAAUGUCGCCGAGGUGUUGAGGCAACGAGCCGAUUUAGGGUCUGUCCUUCGUACUUUUGCACUUUUUCUCUUUUUUUCGAACUAUACUUCUAAGCAUUUAUUUCGAAUCGGUGAUAUGGCUUCAAGAUUCUCGUUCUGGACGAGACCGUGCCCAUAUGUUGUUUCAGGAUCUUCUUCUUAUGUUAUGGGAUGAUGCUGACCUAGAUCCUCCGAAGCUGGAUGAUGUUUCUUCUGUGUACUUGCGCAAGCUGGUACUUUUUAAUAUUAAUUUCAUUCCUAG